AUGCACGCAAAGCCGUCCCCUAACGAGAGUGGUCCAGGAGUGUACCCUGUUCCGACCUCGGGGAUAGUGGGUGCCGCAGGAAGCAGAGUUUCCGUCCCCGUGGCCUCGCUUGGCCGACUCUUCAACAUGCCGCAGGUCAGCUAUGCAUCAACCAGUCCGCUUUUGAGCGACCAAACUAGGUACAGCUACUUUCGUCGCACGAUUCCCGCGGACGACCUGCAGGUGCAGGCGAUGAUGGACAUUCUGCAGCGCUUCGGUUGGAACUACGUAUCCGUCCUGCAUUCAGAGGACACAUACGGCUCCGCGGGAGUCAACGAAUUUGUCCGGGUGUCGGCGAUUAACGGAAUUUGCAUUGACCUCCGCAGAGGCAUCCAGCCAUCAUUGUCGGAUAGCGAGUAUAAUACUAUUGUGGAAGAUCUGGGUAACUCGAGAGCAAAGGUUGUCGUAUUUUUCGCAAUCCAAGACGCCGUGAGAGAGGUACUAACGCGGAUACACAGAACGAGACUUUGAGAAACCGUUUCUUGUGGAUCGCUAGCGACGGCUGGGCUCACGCUACAAAUCUGGUCCAUCAAUUCAACGAAACUGCUGCCGGUAUGUUUGGUGUGGCGCCACUGACCCAGAAACUCGGAGACCUUACCGACUACUUGUCUCAACUCACAAUCAAUUCUAACCUGCGCAACGCGUUUUUUCCCGAGUUUUUAGCCACCUUUGGAAACUGCACGGUGGGAGAUGACUGUGACAAUGACACUAAUAUAGUAGGGCCCUCUUUCCAACAGGAUGUUUUUACGCCGCUAGUGGUGGACGCAGUCUAUGCCUAUGCUACUGCUCUGCAUAAUUUCCUGGUCGAUAACUGCAAUGAAACGGAGAAUGCUCCUUUUCUGUGGUUCAAAGAGAGCAGGACAUGUUUCGGUCAGUCACGUGAGCUCAAUGGCGCUUCUCUCUUGGAGUACCUCAGCAACGUUAAUUUCAAAAGCAUCACUAAUCACUCCAUUGUAUUCGAUGAGUCGGGGAGCGUUC